AUGCGCUUAAUCAAAGCUUCAUCAAUCAACACCGAAGGGUCACUCAUUGAGUUGGUUGACUUCACUCCCGACAGAAUCCCACGAUAUGCCAUCCUUUCGCAUACUUGGGGGUCUGAUGAAGUUGUCUAUGCCGACAUCAGGAGCCAUACAGCUGCGAGGAAAGAAUCGUUUGAGAAGAUCCGCUACAGCUGCCACCAAACGAUUGCCGAUGGGUUUGAGUACGUCUGGAUUGACUCUUGCUGCAUUGACAAAAGCUCCAGCGCAGAGCUUUCUGAGGCCAUCAAUUCCAUGUUCGACUGGUAUGAUAAGGCCGAAGUGUGCUACGCAUAUCUUUCGGGCAUCUCGUCUACGGUUGACACUUCGAAAACGGACGGCGAUUUCGCUGGAUGUCGAUGGUUUACGCGAGGGUGGACGCUGCAAGAACUCCUAGCCCCUGAUGAUCUAAUUUUCUUCUCGGACGACUGGAUCAAGAUCGGCGAAAAGCUGACGCUAAGUCGUCCGCUUUCGGUAAUCACCGGCAUUGAAGAAGACAUCCUCAAAGGUACGAAGCCGAUUGAAUCCGCGAGUAUAGCCAAAAGAAUGUCUUGGGCAUCCCAUCGCAAGACCACCAGGCCCGAGGACGUCGCGUAUUGUUUGAUGGGUCUUUUUGGGGUCAACAUGCCAAUGCUCUAUGGUGAGGGGGACAAGGCGUUUUUGCGCCUGCAGGAAGAGAUUAUGAAACAGUCCGACGAUCAAUCGCUGUUCGCGUGGGUCGAUCUCUCGGCGUCGACUGAGACUUACCAUGGUCUCUUGGCCAAGUCGCCCCGGAACUUCGAGUACUCCAACUCCAUUGUACCAUACCAGGAUUGGGAGCCUCGUCCGCCAUACAGUAUGACCAAUCGGGGCUUGCGUAUCGACUUACCUUUGACGCUGAGAGGUGAGGAGCUGUUUGCUGCUGCUUUAGACUGCCCGGCUCCUCCAGACUUUGAAGAUUCAAGCUUCCUGGCGAUCUAUCUGAAGCGUAUCUCACAAAGUGAUCAGCAGUUCGCCAGGGUAAGGGCGAAUCAGUUUGCCAAAGUUCAGGAGCGGGGAGAUCGACUAAUCCAGGAAAGGGGAAAACGACAGACGAUUUUCGUCCGGCAGAAUUUCAAUGGCGUCAUCAGCUCAGAGGGCGUUUUUCCUCAACACGUCUUACAACUACGUUGUGGCCCAUCGACCACGGACCACACCUUGAUUGAAGUCAUCACCUCGGAAGAGCAUCAAAAGGACAAACCCAAGGCCCUCAUGUCUAGCAGGACGCGCGGGUCCGACUGGCUUCGGACUGCUACCGGACAGACUAUUGCUUUUCGAAGUCCGAAGACGAGAGGCCAGCUUGCGGGUGCAGUUGUUUUCUCAAUCUCCCAAUUUGAAGGCUUUAGGCUCUUAAUCAUGAUUGGGUCGGCCGAUACGGAGAAAGGUUUGAGUGAGGAAGAAGCGAUCGACUUUGAAUCGCUUCAAAAGGUCUUCAAGCCAUCACAAGCGGGCAACGAUGUCGAGCUGCAAUAUCACAGGGUGCGAGUAUCCAUCGAGCCCAUAGUAGCGGAUGCCUGCAAGUACUUGAUGGCAGACAUUCUUGUUGAGCCCAUCAACCGACCAUGGGACCCUUAUCAGACAGUUGACACUGUCAUUGGCCAAUAUCAGGCUGUAGUCGGCCGUCAGAACCGAGUCGAAGCCGUUGAAGCAUCAGAAAUGACUGGAUCGAGAAACAAGAAAGUUUCCGCUUGGAAGAGACUUACAGCACGGGUGGCUUAA